AUGUGGAUUUUGCUGUUAGUAGCAUUGUCUCUCAUUUUGCUAUUCCCUCGAAAAUUUUUAUUUUUCCUCAGAGUGGGGUAUUCAUUUUACUUCUAUCCUCUCUUUUUCUUACUCAUCAGGGUUUGGACAGUAAAGGAUCCUCAGACUCGAUGGACAUCUCACUCUACGUGGUUUUGCGGUGUCAAAUUGAUUGAAUUGCCUGGAAGUUCCAAAAUUCCUUCAGACCGCAGCAUCAUGUUUUUAGGCAACCAUCGUAACAUAGCGGAUUUUGUUAUUCAUGACUCAGUCACAAAAUUCACAGCAAAUUACUUAUCAAGAGCCCUUGUAGGAUUUGCAUUUCCAUUUAUGGGGAUCAUCAGCCAUAUGACAGGGAGAUGUUGGUACUUCGUACGUGGCCAAAGCACAAAGGAUUUAGAGCAAUUUUAUGUGUGGCUUGAUAAGAAAUUCUCAUUUACUGAAAAUUUGAGAAAACAUCUAAUUGUUUAUCCAGAAGGCCAUAGAAAUCUUAAAAAAGAGCCCUUGCCAUUAAGGACAGGGAUGAUUAGAUAUAGAAGUUUCUUUUCAAUAGCGCGAUAAGGUGCAUUCCUAGGUUUUACCGGAUGAUCUUAAACAUAUGAAAACUUGCUAUUCUUUAUUCAUGGGGGGAGAAAAACAGCCUAAAUAAAGAAUUCUGCCUGAUCAAUCUCGAGAACUUGAAGAGAGGCUGUGUGAAAAAUUUACAUUUUGGUUCGUCAAAUGAAUCUGACGAGCCAAUUCUGGCCAGUACUUGAAAUGAAAAAUGGUAGUUGCCAGAAUUUUAUUAAUUUUUUGAUGGUGAGGAUGAUCAGAAUUUUAAUAAAUGGCACAGGAUCAGACAGCUUAUUCCUUUCAAACCGAUCUAAUAAUUCCUUUGGUAAUAAUUAUAACUGCUUUAUAAAAGCCAAAGUUUGUGCUAAGCGCUUGCUGUUCUUUACGAACUUACUAAUGACUCAUAUGGUUUUCGUUAGAAAAUUAAAAUGGAGUUAAUAAUUAAAAACUUGUUGAUCGAGUUGUGUUUUUGCGGAAGGAUAGAUUUCUAAAUAAAUGAUGCCAAUUUAAUUAUGACUAACUGCUUUAUAAAAGCCAAAGUUUGUGCUAUGCGCUUGUUGCUCUUUACGAACUUUACUAACGAUAUUAAAAUUUUCUUCUUAUAAUAUUUUUAAAUUUCUUUAAAUGUUAAAAAAUAAAAUUUUAAAAUAAUUAUAUCAAUAUAAAUAAAUUUUUUAUAAAAAAUAUUUUUAAAAUAAUUUUUUAAAAUUUAUUAUAUCUUUUAUAAAAUGGGGCUUUAAUUUUAACAAUAUUUUUAAGUGGAUUGUCUUAUCCUGUGCCAUUUUAUUAAAAUUCUGAUCAUACUUGCCAUCAGAAAAUUAAUAAAAUUCUGGCAACUAUCAUUUAUAAUUUCAAGUAGCGGCCAGAAUUGGCUCGCCAGAUCCAUUUGACGAACCAAAAGUGUAAAUUUGCAAAUAGCCUCUCUUUAAGUUCUCGAGAUUGGCCAGCCAGAACUCUUUAUUUUCACUGUAUGACUCUCUUACAAAGAAGGAACAUCAGAUUUUCAUGGCCCAAAGACCUUUUAGUCAAACCAGGAAGCACGCCUUAUCGCGCUAUUGAAGAGAAAGUUCUAUAUGCAUAUCUGCGUAAAAUGCCUGUACAGUUCUUUAUGUGUGAUGGCUAUGACGAAGUUUUGAACGAGAAAAAAUUAACAGCUUGUUUUGGAACUUCAAUUGUAAAAUUCAAGCUUUUCCCUUUAAUUGAUCCCAAGGACUUUGAUACUGUUGAAGCUUUUAUUGAUAAAAUCAAAAUAGACUUUGUAGAAAGCUUUUAUGAAGUAAGGAAAACCACUAAUAAGUAG